AUAAAAGGAAGCCCAAAUCCACAUUUGAUUGGGUAAGAAGGUGCUAUUUUAAACGUUAUUUGUUUAUCAAAUCGUCUUCGAACGAACCUCGCUUAAUUUUGUGCUGGUUUGCUACGGUCACUAAGUUGAAAAUUCGAGAUUGUAAGGUAAAGUUAUUAAAAACAGUUUACCUUGUUAACGACUAGCUACAUCAUAUUACAUACUCAAGGGUAAUUGGUGUAAUUUUGUUACAAAUAAGUCAUCUUCCUAAAGAAAAGUUUGUUGUUAAGUUGUUGUAUUGAAUAUCAAAAAUUGGUUUGAAGUUAUCGAUUGAAUUCAAUCAACUGAAACUAGUAGGGAAAACAAAAAACAAUUACCAUUUUUGCUUCUGCUAAUGAGUUCUAGAUCACGUCAAGGGAAUCCCAAAUUGUGGUUAACUGCUUUGAUAGCAACGUCCAUUGCUACUGUUUCUUAUCAAGUUUAUAAUAACUAUCUUAAACCUAGCAUACAGGGAGAAGGAAAAGAAGAAGAAGAAGGAGAAGGGGCUAGUGAAAAAAUGCAUACCAAACAUCCACUUAAAGGUGAUGAACAACCAAGUAAGAAAUUGAAAACUCAUGAUAAAUAUACUUCGAAAUCCAUUGCAUUAACAUUAUCGCAUUCAGUAUUAAAUUCAUCAUUACCUUUAAAUGAUAUUUUGUUGAACUCAGAAAAUAUUACUUUUAUUUUACCACCCAAUUUAUCACUUGAUGAUUUGGCGUGUAAUAUCAAGAUUGUCAAUGAACCGGAUAAUACCAAUACUAACAGUACAACAACAACCACUGCCAAUGCUACAAUUAACUAUAAACUACCUCAAACUUUGAUUAAAAAUUAUAAAUUAUUGAACUGUAAUAAUAUCCAAGGGUAUUUUAAUAUUAUUAAGAAUUUAAAACCCGAUAUGUUAUUAGUGUGUGCUGAUGAUUUAGGUAUCAAAAGUGAUAUACCAAAGGAUUUGAAGAGAUUUGCUAAAGAAAUCAUCACCAUAAAUCAAGAUCGUGAUGAUGUCUAUUCAACAAUUAGUCAGAUAUUCAUUAAAUAA